AUGAACAAUUCCCAAUUCCGCCGCCUUUUAGACGAGUCCUCUUCCCAGAAUACAUCAAUAAAUGGUGCCACAAUCUCCUCCCCUUUGAAAUCGCGCAACAAUGCAUCCAGCACGUCUUUACUCGGCUCCCGGGCGCGCUCCUCAAUUCCCAUGACUCCGCGUUCAAUUGCUGGACAUAGCAGUAGUAAUGACUUCGCGCGUCAAAUUGCUGAGCAUAAGCGCGCCGCUUUGGGGCAACCAGCAGCUAAGAUAUUCAAGUCGAGGGCAGCUCCUAAAGGGACUAAGAUCGCAGUCGGAUAUCAAGAUCGUGCAGCUCUUCUGAGGCAACAAGAAGCUAAGGAGGGGCAGAGGAAUGGCCCUCAAGAUCACGAUGAUAAAGCAGAGAGAAUCCAGGCUUUAGAGGAAAUGGUCAAGUUACAGCAGGUUGAUCAGGCCACAUUUGAGAAGUUGAGGAAUGAAAUUGGAAUCGGUGGGGAUCUAGAGAGCACGCAUUUGGUCAAGGGUUUAGAUCGGAAGCUGCUGGAGAGGAUAAGAAGUGGAGAGGACGUUACAGCUACUAAGGAGGUCACGCAUACGAAGAACGAGAAUGCGGCUACGAGUGAUGGGAGUGGAAGGCAGGAUGUUGAUAAGGAGCUGGAGAAUGUCCUAGAAAAGGAAGUGAAGGCGACAGGGAGGGAAGAGAGAGUCAAGAAGGGGCAGAUGGCUGCUCCGUCAUCGCUGGCUAUGCCAGCUGGCAAGAUGUCAAGGGAUGAGAUCUUGAAGAGCCUGAAAGCUAGUAGGGCGGUCGCUGCAGAAGGCGCCAUGCAAGCGAAGCCGGUAGAUGGUUAUUUGGGCUCGAAGUUUCGAAAAUUGGGUGGUGACAAUCAACCAGAGAAGAAAAAGUUUGUGGAAACGGUCAAUGGUCGUAGAAGGGAGGUCCUUGUUGUUACGAAUCUCGAUGGUACGACGAAACGAAAAGUCCGAUGGAUUGAUAAAGAAGGUUCCGAACCAAAAGCACAAGGCGCAUCAGCCGUCAACGAGGCGCUUGGAAUGCAGGUUCCUGCAGAGAUCGCAGCAAAGCAGAAAGCAAUGUUUGAAAAGCAAAAGAUGGAACAAGAAGAAGAUGACGACAUUUUUGCCGGAGUUGGUGCAGAUUAUGAUCCUCUUGGUGGCAUUGCCGACGUCUCUGACGAUUCAGAUUCUGGAACACCAAGUGAAGCUGCAGCGACCCAGCGAGAUACAGAUGCAAAGCCAGUUCAGGUUGCAGACAAGCCACGAAAUUACUUUUCAUCAACAACAGAUGAAGACAAACCCAAUACACGAACUGCGCCCAUGACAAACCCGUCGAUUGUGGCGGCUCUGAAAAGAGCGGCAGCCAUUCGCAGGGCGCAAGAAAUUGCAGGGGAUGGAGAUCCUGAAAUGGAUACCACUCCGCAAGGUAAAAACUUCCUCGAGAAACUCAGGAAAAGAGAGCGAGAGGACGCAGCUGAUCUAGAUCUGGGUUUUGGAGGGAGCAGACUCGGAGAUGAAGAAGAUGAAGAAGGUCCGACUUGGAAUGGUGAAGAAGGCGGAAAGAAGAGUGAACGGAAGCGAGGGCCGAAGAAGCGCAAAGCAAACAAGCAUGAAAUGAGAGACGUCAUGGCUGUAUUAGAGAGAGGCAAGAAGUGA